CACAUCUGGGAUUCUAGGGCAUAGACAUAUGUAUAUAUGUCUAUGUUCUAGGGAACAUCUUUGAUACUACCCCAGUCCACUUUGUACUAGCCCACAUGUAGACUGCGUCAUUUAUUGUUGUCGGUCAAAUUAACUAAUGUUGGCUAUCCUACAAGAACGGCAUGUGGUUGACACCUGAGUGUGCUUUUUACUAAAUAGUGUUGUGUAUUUUUCUUCGUUGCUAGCGUGAAAAUGUAGGUAUUGUCUAGGCCUACUCACUGGAUGCUGAUCUGGCAGCAAAGCGUACAGUUUUUUUUUAAAAACAGAAAUGGGAAGUUAGGCUACAGCUUACCAUUGUUCUGUAGAUCAUGUUGAACAUUUAUACAUGUUGAGGAAGUAUAAAAUGUAGUUUGAGAAAAUUGUGUUCGCAAGAAUAGCUGCCUGAAGUAAGUCUAUUACAUUUUGGGUAAAAUCAGAUUGGCUGUAAAAAAAAAUAUAUAAAUUUGUUGUUAUAAAUGUAGUAGGCUGAAGAUUUCAUUAUCUAGCCACUUACGCUACUUUCAAUUAAGAUCAAAUAUUUCAGGCUGUAUUCCUAUUAAUCACAUCGACCAAUAGCCUAUUUAGCUAUACAUCUAGCAUCAGUAGGGUGUUUAGGCUAACGUUACCCCAGUUUCAAAAUGAUUUUGAUAAACUUCUACUUUAUAGCCUAAUUGUUAUGGGUAGGCAUACUGUUUUAGAACUGGGCUAACUCUAUGAUUCAUUUUUCAGUCAUAAAAAACGAUGGGCGAGCAGUGUUGUAAUAUAAAAGACUAGGGAGAAGAUACGGGGUUUGAACUACCUGCUCCUGGCACAGAUAAAAAUCCCAGGUCAGGUGUACUACAGACACUUUGUUGAAUUAAGGAUUAAUUCGCAGGGUUCUUAAAAGAAAAGUGUGUUCCUGUCUCGUACUCUUAACAGAUAAGCUGUUGCAGUAAAAUUAAGCCAAAGGUCCAGUUGACAAUGAGGUAUUGACACCGGACCAACUCUUCAGAAAUAACUUCGCCAAUCGUGAGAUCCUGCCACUUACUGCGGCCUGCAGCAAUACCGGUUGUCACCAGAAGAUGGAGCUCCGAUAUUUAGAUUUCUCUACAGAACAGUGCCGCUGUGCCAGGCUGCAUUGCAAAAGAGCCAGCUGGAGGAGCACACAGGCCAACAUUGCCCACGCCGCUUAGUCUCCUGCCCUGCCUGUAUGGAGAUGUACAUCUGUGAGGAGAAACAGUUUCAUGAUGAGCUGUGCCCUUCCGCUAGUGUGGUGUGUGGGUUCUGUAGUGCAGAGCUCAUUCGUGACCAUUUGGCUUCUCACUGUGACACAGACUGUCCUGAAGUUCUUGUCACCUGCCCUUUCAGUUCCUUUGGAUGUGAGGAGGAAAAGAUGUCACACAGCUCCCUUGCCCAACACAUGCAAGAAUUCACCCACUAUCACUUGAAUUCCAUGGCUGCCUUUCUCAGGCACCAGAGCCUGUAUGGAGAUCCAUCCAUAGUUGACUCCAAGGAUGUGGCCGCAAGGAGUUCUGCUGCCACGUCUGAAAUGGAUACUAGCUCGAGAGGCACGAUGAACCUCUUGGAGCUGCGACACAUGCGUGAGACUGUGCAACAGCUGGAGGGUCGCCUGGUGAGGCAGGACCACCGGCUCCGUAAGCUGAGCAUCCAGUCGCACGGCCAGGCAGUGCAGCUACCGGACUUGCACAGACAGACAGCUGCUCUGGAGGAUGCUGUGCAGGAGCUGAAGGCCCAGCAGUGCGACGGUGUCUUCACGUGGCACGUGGAAGGCUUUCCAGAGCACCUGAAGAGCCACAGAGCCAGUCAGCCUGUGGUCCUGUACAGUCCAGGUUUCUACACAGGCCGGCCCGGCUACAAGCUCUGCCUGAGGCUGCAGCUGCAGCCGCCCACUGCCACGCGCAGCCCCGACUUCCUCUCCUUGUUUGUGCACGCCAUGCAUGGGGCUUUUGACAAUCAGAUGGCCUGGCCCCUCCAAGGCACCUUCAAGCUGACCAUACUGAAUCCAAAUGAGGGUCAGCAUAUUAUGGAAGUAAUGGAGACCAACCCAGGCCUGCUUGCAUUUCAGUGCCCUACUAGUGAUCGCAGCCUGAAGGGCUUUGGUUACGUCGCUUUUGUGCACCUGAGCAAGCUGUGCAAGAGGUAUAUGGCAGACAAUGUCCUGCGAGUGUGUUGUUAGGUCUCACUAAAACCUUGAACUUUAGGGGAAACUAAAUCAUUGUGGUUCAACUCUGGCCAAACUUGAAGUUCUUGUGUGAAACUCAAUACUAUGACUACAACACCUAAAUACACAGACAACACCAGAAAGUAGUCUCUGUAAAUGGAUAUGCAGUGUGCUGCUCAUGAGGCAGUACAACUACUCUACACUUCUUCUGAAAAAGAAUGACUUUCAUUCACCAUCUGAAAAAGAAUGACUUUUUGACCUGGGCCCAGUGUUAUAGUCUAUCUGAAAAUAGUGGAAUAGGCUUUUUAAAAUUGUGAGUUAUUAUUCCUCACAUUUGGAUUUCAAAACUAGCCAUUUUUUACUACCUGUAACUUCUGAAAAAAAUCACACAUAAUAGGUAUGCCAAUGUUUGAAACCAAAAAGGCUCCAGUCAUAUUUUGUCAUACUCAGUCAUGAUUUUU